AUGACUACCGGAAAACCAGCUUCUGAGGGCCUCCCUUCGCUCCUCACAAUCAGGAUCGAGAAAGCAUCCGAAGGUCUCAACGCGGGUCACUUCACCUCUGUCGAUCUGGUCAAGGCGUGCAUUGCAAGAAUUGAAGAGGCUUCGAACUUCAACGCUGUUCUACAAGUUAAUCCCGACGUAUUGAUUGCUGCAAAAAGUUUGGAUGAUAAGCGGCUGCGUUCAGGCAGUAGAGGCCCUCUGCAUGGCAUUCCCAUUCUACUGGAUGCGUCUGCCGGCACAUAUGCACUGCUAGGGGCAAAGCCAGCCGUUGAGUCUUCACUUAUCAGCAGACUCCGAAAAACUGGCGUCAUCAUCUUGGGCAAGACUAAUCUUUCGGAAUGGGCGAAUUUCAGAGGGUUAAAUAUUAGCGCAAGCUGGAGUCCUCGCGGUGACCAGACCUUGGGUGCUUAUUGUCCCAACACCAGAUCUGAUGGGAGCAGCUCUGGGUCAGCAGUAGCAACAGCUUUAGGAUUGUGUGGGGCAGCACUAGGUACAGAGGUCAAAUCUGCAGUCCUAUUCCGUCGGGAGAUGAAAAGAAAUCUGACACAAAUCCAGACCAUAGGCAGCAUCGUUGAUCCAGCGGAAAUCGCCAACGUUGUAGGAUUCAAACCUACCCGCGGCCUGAUUGGGACAGAUGGAGCGAUCCCUAUCUCGAAACGAUAAGAUGUUAUCGGAACUCUUACGAGGACUGUCAAAGAUGCGGCAUACAUGCUGAGCAAAAUGGCGGGGCGCAGUGAACUAGAUGAGAGAACUUGGCAUAUCCCCUUCGAGCCGAUCCUUGACUUCAGUUUGUUUUGCAAUAGUACAGAUUUGACCGGAAUCACGAUUGGGGUUCCCCGGAAUUGCUUUGAUAGCAAUACCGCCCCGGCACCAAUCAUGGCUUCGUUUGAGUCUGCGUUGACAGUUCUGAGAUCCGUUGGUGCAAAAGUGGUUGACAAUGCGAAUUUUACUGCAGUCGAAGAUUUUAAGAAGUUGAAUCAGUAGGUUAAAGGAGUUGUACGAUCGUUUGAAUUAAAGAGGGAUAUUAUUGCUUAUCUGCAAACGCUAGAAACUAAUCCAAAUAAUAUUUACUCAACUGAAGAUAUAAUCGAUUUUAUAAAAACCUUUUUAGGAAAAGAUUAUUUAAAGCGAGACAUUAGCA